UAAUAUAGAAAUCAUCGACAAGGACCGUUUGGCAAUACAUCACUUGCAUCGCCGCACACCUGCCCCUGGCGGAUUUCCCAAUACAAAACGUUUUCUCCACUUUUAAAAGUACCGAUUCUGGUCAAUCGUGCGCACGCCGAUCCAUUCACCAACCCAUCUCAACUACGACUACGAACGAACCCAUCUUUUUGUUUUGGUUCUUUCUCUUCCCAACUACUCCCAUAUUAAAAUCUACCCAAAACCCGUUUCGAUUCUGUGUUUUCAUCAAUUCUUUCUCUGUUGUCGAAGCAUGGCCUGCCUGAGCUUCGCUAAGUUGAACGCCUCCUCCUCCCAGUGGAUUGCCCACCAAUCCUUCUCUCAGAGGCGCGGAUCGUCUUCUAGUCGACGCCUUUCUCUUCCGAUCCGUGCUGGGGCUUACUCCGAUGAGCUUGUUCAGACCGCGAAAUCAGUUGCAUCACCUGGACGUGGUAUUCUUGCCAUUGACGAAUCUAAUGCAACAUGUGGGAAGAGGUUAGCAUCCAUUGGCUUGGACAAUACCGAAACCAACAGACAAGCUUAUAGACAGCUUUUGCUGACCACACCUGGUUUGGGCGAGUACAUAUCGGGUGCUAUUCUUUUCGAGGAAACACUCUACCAAUCAACCACAGAUGGAAAGAAGUUUGUCGAUUGCUUGCGGGAGGCAAAAAUUAUGCCUGGCAUUAAAGUUGAUAAGGGUUUGGUUCCUUUGCCGGGAUCCAACAAUGAAUCUUGGUGUCAAGGCUUAGACGGACUGGCCUCAAGAUCCGCGGAAUAUUAUAAGCAAGGCGCUCGUUUUGCUAAGUGGCGGACAGUUGUUAGCAUUCCUUGUGGUCCUUCUGCUCUGGCUGUUAAGGAAGCUGCUUGGGGCCUUGCACGAUAUGCUGCCAUUUCUCAGGACAAUGGCCUUGUACCUAUUGUAGAACCUGAGAUCCUUCUAGAUGGGGACCAUUCCAUUGACAGGACACUUGAAGUGGCUGAAAAGGUCUGGUCAGAAGUAUUCUUCUAUUUGGCUGAAAACAAUGUUCUGUUUGAAGGAAUCCUUCUAAAGCCUAGCAUGGUAACACCGGGGGCUGAGCACAAGGAGAAGGCCUCUCCUGAAACUAUCGCCAAAUACACAUUAAAGAUGCUCAGGAGAAGAGUUCCUCCUGCAGUUCCUGGAAUCAUGUUUUUGUCUGGAGGACAGUCUGAAGUGGAAGCCACACUGAACCUGAAUGCCAUGAACCAAAGUCCCAACCCUUGGCAUGUAUCCUUCUCUUACGCUCGUGCAUUGCAGAACACCGUUCUCAAGACAUGGCAAGGACACCCCGAAAACGUGGAGGCUGCACAGAAAGCACUUUUGGUGCGUGCGAAGGCCAACUCCCUCGCUCAGCUCGGUAAGUACUCUGCUGAUGGUGAAAGUGAUGAUGCCAAGACAGGAAUGUUUGUGAAAGGAUAUACUUACUGAGCCUCGGUAAAUUGCUUUCACUUCCGAGACUCGUGUUGAACGUGUGUGCUCUUUUCUUCCCCUCCAUUGAAGAAUCCGACUUUUCUUUUUACUCUAUAGGAUAAAAGCCUUUCCUUUCCUUCCCUUUAUAGAAAGCUCUUUAUAAUAAGACCUGUGAGAAGCAAACUCACUCAGAGAGUAAGCAAAUUGUAUCCUACCAUCCUUUUUUACUUGUCAAGUUAUUUAGUAUUUUGUUAGAUUGGCAAGUUUUAAAAUGUAGUUUUUGAGAUUUAGGCUUUAAUAUGCAAGAUGACUCUUGUCCUUCCUGUAAAGCGACGCCACUUUGUUGGCAAUAAUUAUGUUUGCCAAAAACAUUUUAAUUAAUUAUGCUUAAGUUUUAUUUGGAAUAA